AUGGAAAACCAGAUGGAUCCGCCGCCUGCAUACGAGGCCACUGAGCAAGAGGCAUUCCUGAGCCAGGCUCGCGCAGCUGAUCAAGAUGCACUGCUAGACCGCUUGACAGAUCAUAUCCGGCGGCAGAGAAUCCAGAAUAUUGCCGAAUCUCUUGACACGAGUGCAGAGGCAAGAUCCGCCUUGGAGUUCGAGACUCGACGAAUUCGAAGUAUGCUCAAGUUCACGCUCGCAGCCGAUUACCAGAUUUGGGACUCUGCUCCAAACCUCUCGGCCGUGGACCGUGAGCAUUUCCUCUUCAUGGUGCGCGCGACGCGGGAACUCGAGAGUGCGCUGCCGGUCAGGCCUACGCCGGAGGAACGCCAGGUGCUCGCAGCAUACUUCUGGAAGCACCUGCAUCAACCAUGCAAAGCACUUUCGCUGCCGCUGGAAAGCGUCUUCCAGAGUAUAGUCGACCUUUCAGAAUUCGUGAACGCUAAGGGUCACUACAAAGGCUCCGUGCAAGGGAUUCUACAUACCCGGGGGUUCAAAGGCCUGGCUACAAAACUGUGGAUGGAUUGCGAGAUUGUCAUUCCUGCCGUUUUCGACACAGGGACCGAGAUCGACGAGUCUCUCGCUCUGCACCUGAAAGCUCGGAACUAUUGUUUGAGGGCCAUGUAUUUCAAGCGAAUUUACGGGGUCAAGGCUGAGUCAAGCGUGAGAUCAAUCGACGCUGCAAGGGCCGGCCUUCCAAACGCAGACAGGCCAAGGCAGGCCAUCAUGUAUUCGGCCAACGAGCGAGGUAUCGCCUAUGCGUCGAGCCGCAAAGCCGCGAUACUGGCCAUGGGCAAAGACCUGACGUCCGCGGAAUGGAUGGGUAAGGUGGGAGCUUGCGUACACAAUGUCUUGAGAAGGGUUGAAAUGUGGCAGAGCGGAGUUCCAGACUCGGUGGAGGUGAGGCGAGGAGCGAAGCGCAUCGUGCCAGAGGAGGCGCUCGGCGAACCUCACUCCUGUGUCUCGCUCUUCAGACUCACUGCCGAGUGA